UGCCAGCGUCUAUCCAUUGAAAUUAGGCUCUGUCUCUCUCACACACAUACACACGGACAGCGAUGCAGAGUAGGAGGGUCAAGCAGAGUUAUGUGAUGAGACUGACUUUAUAGAGGAAUAUCUACAGGCACUUUCAAUAGAGACCGAAAAGCCUCGGUGUCGCAGUCCGUUGGUGGAUGUUAAACUGAGCCACGCGCUUUAACUGCUAGCUGCGGUCUGUUUCUAACUGUUUGUACUGCUAGUGGAUUUAUCUAUUCGACAUUGUUUGACUAAAUGCGGUUAUUUCUUCUUCAAGGAACAAUUCAGAGCACUACACGGAUAACCUUACCUUCGCAUUAUAAUGGGAGCGCAUUGUUUCCGAAGUUGGACUAUAAUGAAGUAGCACCAAUUUAAAUAUUUAAGUGCUGCCUGCGUGACCUUUCGUCCAUUUUGUCUUUACGCCAAACAGUUUUCUUUAACGUUACUUCCGUGGGUCUUAAGCUGGUGCCCGUUAAAUACUCUUGUGAAGAAGAAGAGGAAGAAGAAGAAGAAGAAGAAGAAGAAAAAAAAAACUCAUUCAGCGAAAAUCGGGACCUUAUCGGAGGAACUUUCAGCAUAGAUCUACGUUUAGGUGAAUGUUUGUGGGGCCGAAGCCAUGCUGAUCUUCAGUUCCGGGUGGUGGAGUGUGGUCUUGCACCAGAGCCUGUGCUGCUGAAGCUUUGUGCUGCUCCCCCAUGGCUCUAUGGGAGCUGCUGUUGCUGACUUUCAGCCUCCGCUGCUGGCUGACAAGCUCUGCCAGUUUAGCUGAAGAAGGCCCUACAGGCCCCCUGGACUGGCUUCUUUCUGACAAGGGCCCAUUUCACCACUCACAAGAGUACACUGAAUUCGUGGAGAGAAACCGUCAGGGAUUUUCCACGAGAUACAAGAUCUACAGGGAAUUUGGCCGAUGGAAAGUGAAUAACUUGGCUGUAGAGCGACGGGAUUUCCUGAACUCCCCUUUGCCUCUCACCCCAGAGUUUAUAAGAAACAUCCGACUCCUGGGACGCAGACCCACUGCCCAGCUAAUUACUGACAACCUGAUCAAGAAAUAUGGGACCCAUUUUCUACUCUCAGCUACACUAGGAGGAGAGGAGGCUCUGACCAUAUUUGUGGACAAGAGGAAGUUGAGUAAGAAAGCAGAGGCGAGCGACUACACCAGUAACAGCACGGCUGUGACUCUGGAGGCCCUGCACCAGCUGGCUGCCUCCUAUUUCAUAGACAGGGAGAGUACUCUGCGAAAACUGCAUCACAUUCAGAUUGCUUCCACUGCCAUCAAGGUAACUGAAACAAGGACUGGCCCUCUCGGCUGCAGUAACUAUGACAACCUUGAUUCUGUCAGUUCUGUGCUGGUUCAGAGUCCUGAGAACAAAGUCCAUUUGCAAGGGUGUCUGUGCUUUUGCCUGCUGGCUGUGGAGAUGGAUGUGGUUGAGCUGAAGUCUGUGUUGUGUCUGUUCACUCAUCUGUGCAGUGAGGAGGUUUUGUCUCGGUAA